CUCGAAGGCGGAAGUUCCGUUCUGUCCCAGGAGCGAUGAUGAGUUUCGAGUGGCCCUGGCAGUAUAGUUUCCCGCCCUUCUUCACCCUGCAGCCGAAUGUGGACACAAGACAGAAACAGCUGACCGCUUGGUGUUCCUUGGUGCUCUCAUAUUGCCGCCUCAACAAGCUCUACACGAUGACUGUUCCAGAAGCCCAGGAGAGUCCACUGUUCAACAACUGGAAACUGCAACGAAAGCUACCAUUGGAAUCCAUUCUUGUUGUGUUAGAGGAACUCAGGAAAAAAGGGAAUCUUGAAUGGCUUGACAAGAAUAAAUCUAGCUUCUUGAUCAUGUGGCGACGUCCAGAAGAAUGGGGCAAGCUUAUCUAUCAGUGGGUGUCAAAGAAUGGGAUGACCAACUCAGUUUUCACACUGUAUGAGCUGUCCAAUGGGGAAGACACGGAGAAUGAAGAGUUCCAUGGUUUGGAAGAAUCCAUGCUGCUCCGUGCCCUGCAGUCUUUACAGCAGGAACACAAGGCCGAAAUCAUCACCCUGGACGAUGGGCGGGGCGUCAAGUUCUUCUAACGAAGCUUCUGCUCUGGCUUUCUGGUCUGACUGACUGGGCAAAAGUGUUUUCUGGGUUGAAGGGCUUCUCUAUGCUGUGGCUUCCUUGCGUUGAAGGCAGGAAGAGCAAAAUGUUGUCUUGAUGGCUCAACAUCUGACUCUGUGUUUCUCUUCUCUGCUGCUUCUGUCCCUUUGAGGUAUUGAGGAUUCUCCAACUAGAUUUAUGGAGGAACCGGAGCAUUUACUGGGCUCAGCUGAUAUGCAUCAAAUUUUGGCCUUCCAAACGUAGGGCAAAUGAGAGACUCUUGUUGCUUGGAGUUAUGAUCCACAGUUUUGGGAUAAAAAAUACAGGGCUCCUCCUCCUCCUCCUCCAGCGGGGCAUGAGGCCCCGCAGACUGUGCUGUCCAUGGCAGGAUGAGGCAUUAAGGACUUUGGGUCAAAUUAAAUCACUGAUCAUUUACAACAA